GGCCCGGCAUGGUGCGGCGCGGAGCGGCCACGAUGGGGCGGCGGCUGCUGCGGGCGCUUCUCUGCCUCCUGCUCGUGGCCGGCCGCCUGCUGCGGGCCGGGGGCGCCGGGCCCCACGGCUGCCUGUUCGACAGGAGACUCUGCUCCCAGGAGGAGGUCUGUGUGCAGGAUGGCCUGUUUGGGCAGUGCCAGGAGAGCGCGGCCCGCGACAGCCCCUACUUCCAGGUCACCUCGCCCGUGCUUCAGCACCUGCAGGACGUGCUGCACCGCCUCACGGCCCAAGGGCUGUCGUGGCGGGAUGACCUCACGCAAUACGUGAUCGCCCAGGAGAUGGAGCGGAUCCCCAGGCUGCGUCCGGCCCCCGCACGGGAGCCCGCGGCCAAGGAGAGGUUCUCACCACUGCGUGCCGCUCCCCGGAUGGCCCUGUUCCCGUCACAGCCCAGCCAGCCGGGCAGUGCCCUGCAGAUGGCUCCACGCCUGCUGCCCGCCAGCGCCGAGAAGGCCCCACACCUGGAACCACAGCCCCCGCUACCCCCCACCCUGCUGCAGCGAUACCUGGAGCUCCUGCUGCUGGGCCCCCCACCUGAGCUGGGCUAUGAGGAAGGACUGCUGCACCCCUAUUCGUACCACAAGUUUGGCUACCAGGAUGGUGCACAGCAGCUGAGCCCUAUCCAGGGCAAUUCGGCCAGGCAGAGCCCUGAGCUCCCUGCUCUCCUUGGCAGGGCCCCUGCCCAGGCCUCCCAAGCCCUCUUUGGGGCCAGCCCCAUCCCUUCCUAUGGGGGGCAGCCAGGGCUGGAUGGAGGGCAUCUCUUCCAGGACCUGGGCAUGUUCUACCUGCCGAGAGAGAAGGCGAUCCGGUUGGCCCCUGCCAGCACGAGGGCCCAGCACAGCCAGGGGCUCCCCCGGGACUACGCCGAGCCCGAUGAAGAGAACAGACAGCAGCAGCCAGCCCUGGGUCCCCAGGUGCAGUCAGAUGCAGCCCUGCAGAGACUGGUGGCGGUGCUGGCCGACUACGGGGUGGGGCUGCAGGACCUGAGUCCCCAGCAGCUCAGCAGCCUCUCCACCCUGCUGCAGCUGCUCCAGCACCCCGGCGGCUUUGGCCAGGAGGCUCCGGAGGCCAAGCGGGUGACGGAAGGGGAAAUGCAGCACGGAGAGGAGCCGGAGCCGCCCCCCUCCACGGUGCCUCCCCCUGAGAAUCCAGCCAGCGCCUCCUCCUGGACGGAGGGGCCGAGAUGGGAGGAGGCGGCUGGCCCGUCGUGGGGCAGUGCCAGGCCUCCGGCGGUGUCCCAGGCUGAACCGCAGGCCCCGGGGCAGGCUGCGCCCAGGGACCCCGCCGCGGGCGACGUGCUCCGUCUCCACAAGCCAGUCCCAGUGGAGAAGAAGAGCUCCACGGAGCCGAGGGGCCAUGGCGGGAAGGGGGAGCCGCUGGAGCCCCGGCCUGCCGAGGAGUACGGCUACAUCGUCACCGACCAGAAACCGCUGGGCCUCGCUGCCGGCGUCCGGCUGCUGGAGAUCCUGGCCGAGCACGUCCACCUGUCCACGGCCAGCUUCAUCAACAUCAGCGUCGUGGGCCCUGCUCUCACCUUCCGGAUCCGGCAGAACCACCAGAACCUGUCGCUGGCAGAUGUGACCAAUCAGGCCGCGAUGGUGAAGUCGGAGCUGGAGGCCGAGCUGGGGCUGAAGAUUGUGCAGACGGGCAUGGGGCAGCGCAAUGAGGCCGCCCCGUUCCCGCACCCCUCGCACUUCGGCGACACCUUCCACUCGGUGCUGCUCACCUUCCUGGCCCUGGCCUGCGUGGCGGGCGUGGUCAUCGCCGCCGGCAUCGCCGCCUGCCUGCGGCAGCACGCCAAGCAGCGCGAGAAGGACCGGCUGGCGGCCCUGGGGCCCGAGGGCACCGGGGACAGCACCUUCGAGUACCAGGAGCUGUGCCGGCAGCACAUGGCCGCCAAGUCGCUCUUUGGCCGCGCGGAAGCCCCCCCGGCCCCGGCAGAGAACUCCCGGGUCAGCAGCGUCUCGUCACAGUUCAGCGACGCCCCCCAGGCCAGCCCCAGUUCUCACAGCAGCACGCCGUCCUGGUGCGAGGAGCCAGUGCAGUCCAACAUGGACAUCUCCACCGGCCACAUGAUCCUGGCCUACAUGGAAGACCACCUGAGGAACCGGGACCGGCUGGCCAAGGAGUGGCAGGCCCUGUGCGCCUACCAGGCGGAGCCCAGCGUCUGCACUGCCGCCCAGAGCGAAGCCAACCUCAAGAAGAACCGCAACCCCGACUACGUGCCCUACGACCACGCCCGGAUCAAGCUGAAGGCCGAGAGCAACCCAUCCCGCAGCGACUUCAUCAACGCCAGCCCUAUCAUUGAGCACGACCCGCGGAUGCCAGCGUACAUCGCCACGCAGGGGCCCCUCUCGCACACCAUCGCCGACUUCUGGCAGAUGGUGUGGGAGAACGGCUGCACGGUGAUCGUCAUGCUGAGCCCGCUGGUGGAGGACAGCGUCAAGCAGUGCGAUCGGUACUGGCCCGACGAAGGCUCCUCCCUCUACCACAUCUACGAGGUGAACCUGGUCUCGGAGCACAUCUGGUGCGAGGACUUCCUGGUGCGCAGCUUCUACCUGAAGAACGUGCAGUCGCAGGAGACCCGCACUCUGACCCAGUUCCACUUCCUGAGCUGGCCAGCUGAGGGCAUCCCCACCACCACCCGCCCCCUCCUGGACUUCCGCAGGAAGGUCAACAAGUGCUACCGGGGUCGCUCCUGCCCUGUUAUCGUGCACUGCAGUGACGGGGCGGGCAGGACCGGGACCUACAUCCUCAUCGACAUGGUAUUAAACCGAAUGGCCAAAGGCGUGAAGGAGAUUGACAUCGCUGCCACGCUGGAGCACGUCCGCGACCAGAGGCCCGGCAUGGUGCAGACUAAGGACCAGUUUGAGUUUGCGCUGACGGCCGUGGCAGAGGAGGUCAAUGCCAUCCUGAAGGCGCUGCCCCAGUGACCCGCUCACCUCGCCUCCGGCCCCCUCACGCCCGUGUGCUUCGAGCGCCCGCCUGCCGGGGCUGCUCGCCCGUGUAACGUCGUGUCUGUGAUGCUGGUCGCCUCCCCCGUCCGCCCUCGCCCCCCUGGGCUGCCCGGGCCUCGUCUGGCUGCCACCUCCCGCUGGGAGCGGCUGGGCCCGGAGGAGGAUUCGUGCUGACAGCAGGCACAGGGCAGCCUGAACCCGUGGGGGGACGGGGGCUGCACCGGCUGCCCUGAGAGGUUAAGAUGGGACCAUGCUGCCCCCCACAGCUGCCCCUGCAUGCCCAGUGCCCACCUGCCUCCUGUGUACAGGUGCCCACGCACAGCCCCUGCCACGGGCUCCUCCCCGUGUGUGUGUCUAGUCACGCUGCCCCCGCCCAGCCCCCCAGGUACCCAGGCCCUGCCCACGGCCAGGGAAGGUCUGACCCAGCACGGGGCGGUUCUGAGCUCUGCCAGGAGCCUGCAGCUGCUGGGCCAGGAGGGGCCUGGGAGCAGCCACUGCCUUUGCUUCUCCUACCCCCAGGAGUUCUGCUGCUCUGCGCCCUUCCUCUGGGGUGGGGGCCCUGCAGCUCUCGCCAGGCUGGCCCCAACCUGCCCAGCUCCUGCCCCUCCCACUGCCGGUCUCCGUGCCCGGGGGCAGACCCUCCCCCCCGAUCCCAGGGCAAGAGGUGAUGCAGCUGGAACAAUCCUUGCCAGGCUGAGGGCCCCCCUGCUCUGCUGAUGCCAGGGGCCUACCCAGCCAAGCCCUUGGGUGUGGCAGCCCGGCGGGGGAACCCUCCCCUCCCCCCAACACCCCCUGUGUGGGUCAAUCAGCGUCAGUUGAGCAGAAGAGAAAUUUCUAGAGAAAUAUAAUUUUGUAUCUUGAUGUGAAUAAAGUUCUCGUGUCGCGUUUGUGCAGCUGCA